UGCCGAAGACGUCGGCUGUCAUGUGAUCAGCUGUGUCCAAUCACAGCUGAUCACAUGUAAAUAAGGAAAUGUCGGUUAUCGGCAUUUCUCUCCUCACGAGCUUACUCAGAGGGGACAUCUACACUGAUCAUCAGGGCACUGAUGAUCAGUGUGCCCUGAUGAUCAGUGUAGCCCCAUCAAUGCCACAUAUCAGUGCCCAUCUGAGCUGCCUUUUAGUGGCACCUAUUAGUGCCAGUCAGUGCUGCCUAUCAGUGCCAUCAGUGCUGCCUAUCAGUGCCGCCUAUCAGUGCCAUAUAUGAGUGCUGCCUUUCAGUGUCCAUCAGU